AGUUCAGGGCGUUGUAGUUCAGGGCGUUGCACAGGCUCUCUUAUGGCCCGGGGCGACUGAAGGCGCUUGUCCACCAACCGAGGAAUAUCUUGCGGAGAUGCGGACAGACCCUGCCGCUGCCGCCUCAGUCUAAAGAAGAAACUGGCAAAGCCAAAAUCCCAUCCUGCUGAGAUUCCUUUGAACAUGUGUGAAAACGUCCGUGACAAUGAUCAUUUCAGAUAUGGAGACUCCAGAGAAAUUCCAGUUUGAAGAUGCCGACUUCCCUGCCACCAGCACGUCUCUGUUUUCUAGUUAUUCCACACCCAUUGCCAAAUUCUCUGGUGAAAUUUCAUGGUUGCGACCACAGGAAAUUGCCAAAUCCCCUCAGUUGUUCUCAGAAAAACUGCAGGAUGGACAGAUCAAGCAAGGCCUUUUAGGAGAUUGCUGGUUCUUAUGUGCAUGUGAAGCUUUGCAUAAAAACAGACUGCUGUCGGAAAAGGUGAUACCCCCAGGCCAGGAUUCAUGGAUACAAUCAGGAUGUUUAAAAUGUAGAUUUUGGAAAUUUGGACAAUGGGUUGAAGUUAUAAUAGACAACCGGUUGCCAUGUAUCGGAUGCAAGCUCUGUUUUUCUCGUUGUCGCUCUGAAGAGGUUUUUUGGCUACCAUUAUUGGAAAAAGCAUAUGCCAAACUCCAUGGCUGUUAUGAAAUGCUUUGGGCUGGACAAGUGGCUGAAGCUCUGGUGGACAUCACAGGAGGUCUGGCUGAUCGAUGGACUGUAAAGAAUUAUAGAAAAAACAAUGACCAUGUCAGCUUCCCUGAAAAAUCCAAAUUUGAGUUGAUGAGGGAUUUGAAAGAUAAGAGCUUUAUAAGCUGUUCCGUUCAUGGGUCCAACAAAGGAUUCACUGAACGUGCAGAAUUUCAUGCCUUCAGUGUUAGUGACGUGAAGCAAAUUGAUGGACUCAAAGACAGUUAUGUCAAUUUACUAAGGAUAAGAAACAUGUGGGAUAGAAGAUGUUGGAGUGGCUCCUGGCAGGAAGGAGGUGAUGGUUGGAACAAAGUUGAUGCCGCUGUGGCUGCACAGUUACUGUCCUUGGCAGAAGAGGGAGAGUUCUGGGUGGAGGAGCAAGAGUUUUUCAGGGAGUUUGAUGAGGUGACGGUUGGUUAUCCGAUAAAUACAGAGGGAUACAUCCUCAGUCUUUUAACAGGUAAAUGUUUAUGCCAUACACUGCAAAUUUCAGGAGAGUGGGUCAAAGAUCAAUCUGCCGGAGGUUGCCGCAAUAACUCCAGUUUUUGUAGUAAUCCUAAAUUCUGGCUGCGAAUCCUGGAUCCAGGUGAAAUGGUUAUCUCAAUUUUGCAAAGGACCACCACUGAUGGCCUCCAACAGAAACGUUACCGUGCCAUAGGACUACAUGUGUGGAAGGUGGAGAAAAAGCGAUUCAAUUUGCAGAAAACUGUUGGCAAGCCACCCACCAUUUCAACUGAAUGCCAUACAUAUGACAGAGAAGUAAAACUGCACUGUGAUCUUACACCUGGCUACUACCUAGUCAUCCCCAGUACGUUCAUGAAAGAUGAAGAUGGAGAAUUUCUACUGCGUGUGUUUUCAACAUCUAAAAUUUCACUGAGUGCAGUCAAAGCAUCUCAUCUACUGAACAAGUUUGAGCAAAAUGCUGAAGGAGAGUGGGAGAUAAUAUAUUUCACGGAUUCAUGGAUCAAAGGAAAGAGUGGAGGUGGAAGUAGGAAUUUUCCAACUUACAACACAAAUCCACAUUUGCCGUUCGCAAUCCUCUCCAAUACCGGCAGUAGGAACGUUAGAAUAACACUGUGCCAGGAACACUUUGAUCGACAGUUGCUGCCAAUAGGAUUCCAUGUUUUUCAGAUCGACACCACGAAAAAUAUAAAUCAAGUAUCUUGUCAGCUUGUGGAACCAGUGAUGAGUUGCGUGCCUCAUCGAUACACGCAAGAAGUAACCCAACUUUGCAGUCUGACAGAAGGAAAUUAUGUGAUUGUUCCUUCCACAUAUCUACCUGAUAGUGAAGCACAAUUCACAGUCACCAUAGAAAUAAAAAUAGACAGGGAGCCAUUCCAAUGUCAGGAGAACUUAGGAGAAAUAAUCAAAGAGGUCUCCUAUACCUCAGUGAUGCAGAGGUAGGAUACAGAUUCCAAAUCCCACAAGCGCCAGUCUGAAAACAACAACAAAAAAUCAGAAGAGUCAUUCUGGAGACAUUCACACUGUACAAUUUUCACAUCACAAUGCCCAGCCUCCUUUGCAUUAAUAAAAUGUGACAGGACUCGUCAUUGUAAAUAAGCAAUUCUGCUUUAAGCAAGCUGGCAAUGUGCUUGUUGCGCAGAAGUAAGAACAAAAGCUGCCCCAGAAGUGGACGCUACUUCAAAGAGUUAGUAGCUCUGCACGCAGCAAUGGACAAAGAGCCGAUCAGUCUCCUGCUGCUUUGAUGUUAUUGAAGGUAAAUGAGAAUGACAUUUAAAUUCAGUUUGUACUUUCAGCACACACCGUAUUACACAGUUCACUGGGUUUUAAAGCUGCUGUGUUGUGACCUCAGGGCUGGAUUUUUCCAUCAUUUUAGCAAAACUGGAACUUAGGCUGUUGUUCAUUGAUGCCAUUGUUUUUCUUCUCCCAAUUUGUUUGACAUUGGAUUGCAUUAAGGUAGAAUAUGAACAAAAAAGGUACAGUGCCUUUUAGUGCAUGAAUAGCAUUGCAUUAUGUUUUUCAGCGUGAGCAAAUUCUGUGUGGUUGGAGACAAAUCAAUAACAAAAUAUUUAGUAUUUGGUUUUUAAGUCAAUGUGACAUUAUUUGGGUUUGUUCCAUUGAGCAUUGAACGUGACCUCGGCACUACAUUACAUGUAUGAAUAAUGUAUCAUCGCUACCUGUGCAGACUGAAUACUGACAGACAUUGUUUACCUGAUGUCACUCUAACAAUUAAGUUACAGUGGAAUAGAUUAGGUACAAUAAAUAUAUUCCCAGUGUAGUUAUAGACAUUCUAUAUUGUAAAAGUGCCCAAAAUGGAUCAAUUCUUGAUCCAGUUUUAAAUGAAAUUUUCAGUAAGCUGAUACAAGUUCUUCUGUAUAAGUAUUAACUGUUGUCUUUCAAGUUUUAUCAGCCUAAUACUCUUUAACCAUUAAAAUACAUGCGAGGAAAACCCAUGUUGGCAAGCAUGGAAGGACAAAACUCUUUUCUUUGUAUUUUAUAAAUCAUCUUAAUAGUUAAUUCCACUGAUUCUAAAAUAUUUUAGAAACUAAAAUCACAAAAUGAUUUAUCCCAUUUAUGUGAACCAAAAGUAGUUAGUGAAAGUUAAACCUUUCAAAAGGUUACUGACCCAAAACAUUGACUAUCCAUGUUCUUCAGAGAUGCUGCCUGAGCUGCUGAGUUACUCCAGCACUUUGUCUUUUUUUGUAAACCAGCAUCCGCAGUUCCCUGUAUCAAGCACAAUUUUAUUUCCUUUUUUGAAAGCGAUGUAAAAUUAUAUAGCCUGAUUCGAGGAAUUAAGCCAUCCAAAUAAUUGCUAACAAGUAACAUUCUUCUUUGUUUUUAAUUACUUGUCUUUCCUUUCAGGGAAUGCCAUGAAGUAGUAUAAUUAACAACUGAAUAUUUAUAAUCUUCGUAUUUUUAGAGGGAAUGAAGCACAACUGUGCAAAAAUUGAUCUAAUUUUACAGCAUGCUGAUGAAGCUUGAUCAAGAAUUAUUUCAAUGGAUAAGUUGCAUCUCAGAUUGUCAUUUUAUGUUAAUUUAUAUUUAUUAAACUAUCAAACUGUUGGAAUUAAUCUGAAUAAGUUUGUAAACAAUAACCUAAAAUUCUUGGAUUCUUGUCAUAGCAUUUGCCUAUGAGCAGAAAAGGGCGGCACAGUGGAGCAGGGGUAGAGUCACUGUCUUGGAGCGCCAGAAACCCAGGUUUAAACCUGACCAUCGGUGCGUCUGCACAGAGUUUGUACAUUCUCCCUGUGACCGUGUGUGUAAAUAGUGUUAGUGUAAGGGGUGAUUGCUGGCCGGUGACGACUCGGUGGGCCGAAGGGCCUGUAUCCGUACUGUAUCUCUACAGUAUCUCUAAAGCCAGAAAACUUGCAUCAGUGGAGGAAUAAGUUCAGAAUUUACUGAAUAAGUUCAGAAUUAAAUUAUGAUAAAACUAUAAGAAUUUGAAAUGUAUCCCUAAUCUGCAAAAUGGCUACCAUCUCCAGGAAGUUGCAUUAGAGUAGAUAAAUGUGUAAAUCCAAAAAAAUGUUAUAAUCACUUUUCCUCCAAAAAAUAAUUGCUUACAGUUUAUGGUCAGAUGAGGUUAAUUUAAUAAUUAGAUGUAACCUUUUUUUUAAUUAUAUGCUUUUUUUGUAAUAUGUCAUAAGGAAUAGGAGUAGAAUUAGGCCAUUCGGCCCAUCAAGUUUACUCCACCAUUCAACCAAGGCUGAUCUAUCUCUCCCUCCUAACACCAUUCUCCUGCCUUCUCCCAUAACCUCUGCCACCUGUACUAAUCAAGAACCUAUCGAUCUAUGCCUUAAAAAUAUCCACUGACUUGGCCUCCACAGCCUUCUGUGGCAAAGAAUUCCACAGAUUCACCACCCUCUGACUAAAGAAAUUUCUCCUCAUCUCCUUCCUAAACUACGUCCUUUAAUUCUGAGGCUAUGACCUCUAGUCCUAGACUCUCACACUAGACUCACAAAACCUCUCCACGUCCACUGUAUCCAAACCUUUUACUAUUCUGUAUAUUUCAAUGAGGUCCCCCUUCGUUCUUCUAAACUCCAGCUAGUCCAAGCCCAUUGCCGACAAAUGCUCAUCAUAAGUUAGCCUACUCAUUCCUGGGAUCAUUCAUGUAAACCUCCUCUGGACCCUCUCCAGAGCCAGCACAUCCUUCCUCAGAUAUGGUGCCAAAUAUUGUUCACAAUAAUACAAAUGCGGCCUUACCAGCGCCUCAACAUUACAUCCCUGUUUUUGUAUACAAGUCCUCUUGAAAUAAAUGCUAGCAUUGAGUUUACUUUCUUUACGACUGAUUCGACUUGCAGAUUAACUUUUUGGGAAUCCUGUAUCAGCACUCCCAAGUCCCUUUGCACCUCCGAUUUCUGGAUUCUCACCCCAUUUAGAAAAUCGUCAACGCAUGUAUGUUACACCUUAAGGUAUAACUGAGUUUCCAAAUGACAUGUUCAGGCAUUAUUACCAUUGACCAUACUACAUCCUCUGGGGCUAAAAAUAUAAAUGUAUGAUUGCCAUUCCUUUGGGAAUUAUUUUUCAAAUUAAGUAGUUUUAACAAAGAUUAAUUUGUAUUAUUAAUGUUUAAUAUUUAUUUUGCCUUCAUUUUAUGUGUAUGUCAAUCGUUCUUUUCAUGUUUGUAAAAUGUUAAAGUUAAAUAAAAUCAACUCUUUUUACUUCA